AAAUCCAAACAAAAUUCCACGACUGCGGUUGUACACAAGCGGUCGCGAAGGCCCUUGUAGUCCGACAGUCUCUCUUAGUAGCGUCGUAAACUCUCUUACUCUUAGUCGUCGUUGUUGUGUUGACCAGAGUACACACGAUUCGGUGCUCGUAGAUCGGUUCGUCGCGAGCACGCAUUCCGUAGGAAUUCCCGGAAAAAAAGCGUUCGCAUAACAAUUAGUGUUUUUCUGACGACCACAAGGACGAUAGUGAAAAUGGAUACACCGUUCGUAGCGUACUUUCCACGGAAACCGGAAGAGUUUGAUGAGGUUGUGAUAAGGGGCAAAUUGACGGAUAAUGCUCAGAAUGCAUCGUUUAACUUUUGCCUGAGACCCCCAGCACAGUGGCCAGAUGACCAAACGUCACCGUACAUAGCGUACCACCUGAAGAUUUCCUUCGCCCCCGAUGGGGAGAGUAAGGUAACGCAAAACUGGAAAAAUGUUGAAUGGCAACAGGAACAGGUGUCCAAGAACUGGCUGGUAGCGGAUCGCACCAAACCCUUUACGGCGGUGUUUCGCUUGCUCGACAAUCAAGUAAAGGUGUUCGUCGAUAACGUGCAACAUUCGCCGGACUACGAGAUGGAUAUGCAGCUACCAGUAGAGGAGAUUCAUUCGGUCGAGCUGUGGAACGACUUUGAGUACGUGGAAGAGUUAACGUUCCGGUUCAACAAUGCCCGAGAUAGUUAUCAAUUAAACGCGUGACUUACGGAGGAUGCUAACGGUCACUCUCGAUCGUGAUCUGGAAUCCACGCACAUCACUCGUCCCGUCGUUUGUUGCUAUGGUUUCUCACGAACGAUCGGGAUUUUCAUCACGCUCGUGAGCCUCUUAUUUAUUCAAAAUACCUUUAGAUGUUCAUCUAGUCGUCGUUCAUCUGCGUACAGUAUUUCCCUCGAAACGAAGACCAAAGCGUGCCUUGAUCGCAGUAAACUAUUUGUAACGAGCGCAAAGUGCAUUCGCAUCAUUCAUACACAAUCAGCCGCAGCCGCUAUGCGUUAUCACUGACUCAAUGUUUACAAACUAGAUUGAUACAUUGCUACAAAACUAGUGCCUGCUGAUUCGUGACGGUUGUGAAUGAGUAACCGAUAUCGGUGAUUUGUCGGCAAAAUGGCAGCUUCUCUCUCCGCCUUAUCUCGCCUUUGAUUGCAAUGCUAUCAGUAUAGAUUAGGUAUCGUGAAGCCAAAGGCAUACAACACAUGAUAAUAAAUGUUCCAACAAAUGUU